UGCUUAAGAAGACCCCAGAGACCAGUAAGACAGGUUCUUGAUAUCUCCAAGCAGAAAACUAACUUGUGCAAGAAAUAUACAAUGUCAAGCAAUGUUUCACAAUGUAAUAUCCAUACAGAAAUGGAACCUUUUACCUAUUUUUACUACUUGAUUUUUCUCAUGGGAUUUAUUGGAAGUUGUUUUGCACUAUGGGCAUUCACACAAAAAGAUCAGAAACAGAAGUGUAUGAGCAUCUACUUAAUCAACCUCUUAACAGCAGACUUUUUGUUGACUUUGGCAUUGCCAGUAAAAAUAACUGUUGACCUGGGAGUUGCACCCUGGAAACUGAGAAUAUUCCACUGCCAAGUUACAGCCUGCUUCAUCUACCUGAAUAUGUAUUUAUCAAUUAUAUUUUUGGGAUUCGUAAGCAUGGAUCGUUGCCUUCAGCUAAAGCACAGCUACAAGAUUUAUCGUAUUCAAGAGCCUGGAUUUGCCAAGAUGCUGUCUGCAGUCGUAUGGACGAUGGUUCUCCUGAUAACAGUGCCUAACAUGGCCAUUCCAAUCAAAGACAUUGAAGAAAGACCUAAUGCAGGAUGCAUUGAUUUCAAAACAAAAUUUGGAAGAGACUGGCAUGUCUUUACAAAUUUCAUCUGUAUGGCAAUAUUCUUGAAUUUUUCAGCUGUGAUACUGGUUUCCAAUUUCCUUGUUGUUAGACAACUCUACCAAAACAAGUAUAGUGAGAGCUAUGCUAAUGUAAGGAAAGCCCUAAUCAAUAUACUGCUGGUAACUGCAGGCUACCUAAUGUGUUUUGUCCCAUACCACAUUGUUCGUAUUCCCUACACUUUGAGCCAAAGUGAUACGAUAACUGACUGCUAUCUGAAACAAACUCUCUUUAAAGCAAAAGAGUCUACCUUGCUGUUUGCAGUAUCAAACCUCUGCUUCGAUCCUAUUCUGUAUUAUCACCUUUCCAAAUCAUUCAGAUUGAAGAUUACAGAGACUUUUGCAGCACCCAAAGGGACAAAGGUUUUCACGGGUGAAGAGGCAAAGGCCGUCACAGCAGAAGAGGCGCAUUGCAGACCUGAUCAGCAGACACAAAAGUAUUAUUUCUAAACUAAAUCUAAAAUGUGUGCAAAUACAUGGUAUUUACAGCUGCUGUGCAAUUGUAAACGCGGCUAACAAGGCCAACAACAUUACUGCUCAAUCAUAAGCCCAAACAAAAGGGAAAAACUUGACUAACAAUACAAUUGCUUUAUUAUAUGAUCAUAUAGUAGGUCUGAACUAGCAGAACACUCGGUACUGCCUUUUAGAAACCAGUGAUGACCUAGCAGGAAUCAGCAACAUGUUCAGAAAGACACAAACAUGCCCUAUAAAUAUUUAUGGAUAAACACCUGAACUCACUCCUUCUACAUAAAAUACUGCAGAUUUCCUAUAUUAAAUGAC